AAGGGGAGGCGAGUUUUAGGUGGAGAGUGUGGAAUUACUCUGAUUUUUUAAAAUCAGAUUUCCUCAAAUAUCUUUAUUAUCAAAUAUCACACAAUGAGCUAUAACGACCGUGAAAGCACUAAGGAGUGGGAAGAUCGUCUUAAAGAUUUUUAUAUUAAACAAGAAGAUCUUAAUCGUUUGAUAAUGGAAUACCUAGUUAAUGAGGGUUUCAAAGAAGCUGCAGAAAAAUUUCAAGAGGAAUCUGGAGUUGAACCUGAAGUUGAAUUGUCAACUUUGGAUAACAGAAUUCAGAUUCGUGAAGCAGUGCAGCAAGGAAACAUAGAAGAAUCGAUAAAUCUUGUAAAUCAACUACAUCCAGAACUUUUAGACAACGACCGUUACUUGUACUUUCAUCUACAACAACUUCAUUUAAUAGAACUCAUCAGAAAUGGAAAAAUUGAGGAAGCACUUACUUUUGCUCAGAAUAAGAUUUCAGAAGCUGGUGAAACAAAUCCUGAAGUGCUCAACGAGCUUGAAAGAACUCUUGCAUUGCUUGCAUUUGAAAAGCCUUUACAAUCUCCAUUUUCUGAUCUUCUAGACCAAACACAUCGUCAAAAAAUCGCCAGUGAGCUCAACGCUGCUAUUCUUCGUAUUGAACAUAAACAAAAUCAAAAUCCAAGAAUGAUGAACCUUCUUAAAUUGAUUUUGUGGGCGCAAUCGGAACUCGAUAAACGCAACGUUGGGUAUACACGAAUGACAGAUUUAUCAACACCAAAAUUCGAAGCAAGAAAUUAAACAUUUUACUUUACCAUCAUAAUUAACAUAUAUAUAUUUGCACAUUGACAAGCUUUGAUCAAUCUUAUUUCCUUAAAACACUUAAUUUUAUUUGGUUGAAAAACAUAAGUUUUGGGUUGACAAUUUUGUGAAGUAUAAUAAAAUGGAGGGAAAACUGCAAUCGUUACUUAGAAUCACAAUGAUUUGUUUUAGAGUAAUAGCCAGAAAUACAUUCGCAAAGAGACACAGGCUCAGUUGGUGGUGCACUUUUUUUAUCGUCGUAGAAUUUCUUAUCUGUCUUCUCAAAUGGUUUGACUUUCAUAUAUUCAUCAGACUCAAAGAAUUCAUGAUUUACUUCAACAUUCAAUGAGUCACGGUAACGUUCAGUAUCAAUCUUAUCAUUAACUUUACGGACUUGAACUUUUGAAUGAUUAGAAAAACCAAGAUAACUUUCUUCACCGGGCAUCUUAAUAAGUUCUUCGUCACUUUCAUUGUAUUCCAUAUCGACAAGAUCAUUAAUCAUAUCAUUGACUUCUUUUCGAAUUUCUUCAUCUUCCUUUUUUGAUCCAGAAUCAGUAACUCUCUUUGUAGUUUUCUUAAUUAUAUUAUCAGCUUUUGAAGUAUUAUCCUUGUGCGCUUCAGUAUCGUCGAGUUUUAUGAGAUUCUUAUAAAUUGGUUGAGAAAACGGAAAGUUCAACUUUGUUGACACUUUGCGAUUUAUUAAAACUUCCGUGCUUCUUCUUAAUUCUUUUAAAUCACAAAUUUUAGACUCAAACACUUUAACUUCCUCCAAUUUUCGUUUUAUAUCUUCUAUUUUAUUUAAUCUAGGUUCAUGAUAAAUAUCGUAGCAGUUUUCGGACUUUGCCCGUUUUCGUCCUUUAACAGUUUGUGGGGUUAAAUGACUUCUCCAUGUAUGAACCAUAGGCGAGAGGCGAAGAAAGUUUUGGUUCGUAGUCCCAUAAUUGACUUCUGGAUUCCUUAAAAUAGAUUUAGUUAUUUCCUCUUUAGGCAUCAAGUGAUUGCUUUUUGAUUUUUGUUGAUUAUUAAUCGAUUGUAAAGGCAUUUUUCCAGUUAAUUCUUUAGAAAGUUGAGAUCUUAACACUUUGAC